GCCAGUAGGUGGCGGUAAAGAACUGCAGCUGGGCUCAAAGGAAGCGAGGAAGUGAACUUGCUGUUAGCUGUCCUAACUGGAAGAUGUUGGCUAGCAGACGACAGCUGUGCUGUCUGACAGACUGACAGAUGCCGUCGCCAUGAUGCUGGGCCACACAGCACUGCUCGUCACCCUCUUGCUGUCCCAGGCCAGAGGUUUUCUGAGCUCCCAGGAGGAUGAUGACGGCAUCCCCGAAGAGUGGGUGCUGCUCCACGUGGUUCAGGGUCACAUCGGGGCGGGGAACUACAGCUACCUGCGCCUCAACCACGAUGGAAGGAUCAUCCUGCACAUGCAGAGCCUCAAGGGGGACGCGGAUCUGUACGUGUCUGAUAAAACACUCCAUCCGAACUUCGACACCUACAAGCUGCAGUCGGUUACCUGCGGCCACGACGUGGUGGUGGUUCCGGGGGACUUCAAAAGGCCCGUAGGAAUCGGUAUUUACGGCCACCCGUCGUACCAGGAGAGCGAGUUUGAAAUCCGAGUGUUUUAUGAUCAGAUGGUGUCCCAGGACCCGUUUGAGAAGGGCACCUACCCGUCAGACGGUAGACAUGAUGAAAAGAAAUCUGCCUACUCAACAGAGGACUUUCAAGAGGAGGAGUCGAUCUUUUGGACUAUACUGAUAGGACUUUUAAAGAUAGUACUUGAAAUUUUGUUUUGAGUUUGUUGCCCUGCGACGUUGGGAGACAGUUCAUUAGUCAGCUCCGAAAAUAAACGAGAAUUUCCUUUUUGAUUCGGUACAAAUAAAGUGUAACUACCAAACUUCAGCACAAUCGGCUUUUUAAAUUGUGAUCAAACGUACCCGCAUAAGCAGUUGGUUUCAAAGUUGGGGUUUAAACGCUGUUGGUUCAUGGAUAAAUGUACUGGUAAAGUAUCUGUAAACACUUCUAUAUUUGGGUUUGGGGAAGAAGUCUAGAUUACUGUUGGAUCACAUGGCUUUGGUGUCCUCUGGGGAUGGUAAAAUGUUUUCAUCCUGUACCUCAUGGACUGAUUUAAGGGAGGCUGGACUCUGCAGUAGGCAUGGGCUGGGAGGAGAUUCUCCCACGAUGAAAAACGUGGGGAAAAAUGUGGCCUGAAAGUAUUUCCAUGAAUUUAGAACAACAACCUAAAAUAUGAACAGAUUAACUUUUUUUUUUUUUGAAGCAACGAUUUCUUAAAAGCCAUGGCUAAAUGUAGCAAUAGUUUUAAGUAAAUGUGCUUGUUAUUCACAAGUAGUGUCCCUGUUAACACUCUGCUCUUUAUAGAUUAAGGCGAGGCGUAAACCAAAUUGACCUUAAUUAGAUUAUGCAGCUGAGGUAAAGAGCCCGGAGUCAGACGCCCAACAGACACGCUGCUUUAAGCUUGCCGGCUGUAGUUUAAAACCGUUAACUUGAUGAAUGGUGGAUGGUGCUCCUUUUAACUGUUUUGCAAGCCGAAAUAUUUUAAUUCAAGCAAAUCUGGCCUUUUUGUGAGUGGGAGGGAGAAAUGUUGGAGCCUUUUUUCAUCCAGCUGAUGGGCAGUUUGCAGCAAAAGUUGGAGGUGGGGUCAAACUUUUACCCUAUGCUCCAUUAAGCUUGAGAAAACUUUUCCCUCCGGCCCUUUUCUUUUCUUUACUACGCCCGUCUACCAUGACACCGUUAACCAGCCCAUGCCUACUCUGUAGUGAACACCAGGUAGCUCUGCAGGUUGUUUGACUUGAGAUGGAAGACGCUGCUAAAACAGAUCUAAAAAAAAAAAUUGUUAAAUUCUUAAAAUUAGUGUUUAUCCUUGG